AUGAGUGGAUCAAAGCCAACUGAGCAACAUGUGGAACGCGUUGCGUCCCCAGAUCCUGAUAUCCUUCCAGACAAGCACACAGCAGUCGAUGAGGAGCUGAGGAGGUAUGUUGUCGCAGCGGGUUCAGUUGAAGUAGACGAGACGACCAGCAAGCGUCUCCGGAGAUUGAUUGACAAACGCGUGUUGGUCGUUAUGACUGGAACGUAUUUCCUUCAAUCCCUGGAUAAAAAUGCAAUCAGUUUUGCGGCAAUCAUGGGGAUUCAGGAAGAUGCCCACCUUGUAGGGCAAGAUUAUUCCUGGCUUCAUACCGUUAUUUACUUUGGUAUCCUCUUCGCCGAGUAUCCGACCAAUCUUCUAGUCCAAAAACUCCCUAUCGGAAAGUACCUUGCCGCCAACAUUUUCCUCUGGGGAUUGACUCUGACAAUGAAUGUCUUCGGGUUUAACUUCGCUAUACUUUGCGCGUUGAGGGUUUUGCUUGGGAUUUUUGAAGCUGUAUCGCAGCCAACAUUUCUAAUCCUCUCAUCUAUGUGGUACAAGCGUGAGGAGCAGGCUCAUAUCGUGGCCUAUUGGUAUGGCAUGAACGGUGUUCAAGGUAUUGUUGGUGGUCUCUUCGCCUACGGAAUGAGCCAUGUUCACUCACCCGUUGUAAAAUCCUGGCAACUCCUUUUCGUCUUACUUGGCUGCGUCACUUGUCUCUGGUCCUUCUUCGUCCUCUGGUGGAUGCCCGACAGUCCCAUGCGAGCGAAAUGCUAUUCGGAGGAAGAUCGGAUUCUCAUCAUCGAGCGAGUACGCGCCAAUCAGACUGGAAUUCAAAAUCGCAAGUUCAAGAAGGGACAUAUUCAGGAGGCAAUUAGAGAUCCUCAGAUUUGGCUUUACAUCCUGAUUCAAACCAUUAUCCAAAUCCCCACUGGUGGCUUGGGAUCUUACUCAACAAUUAUUAUUCAGAACUUUGGAUACACUGAGCUCCAGACUGAACUACUUUCUAUGGUCAACGGCGCCAUUCAAUGUGUAGUACUACUAAGUGCAGCAUGGCUAUCUCGCCAUUACAAUCAAACUAUUCUGUUUCAACUUGCUUUCUUAAUACCGAACAUUGCUGGGACAGCCGUUCUUAUGGCCGUACCUAUUUCUAGUUCGACGAAGAUCGGCCUAUUGAUCGCCUACUGGUGUACCUUGUCCUUUUGGGGCACCACCGUGCUUCUAAUGUCCUUGCUCUCCCGGAAUGUUGCUGGGCAAACUAAGAAAUCAGUCAGCACUGCUUCGUUGUUCCUUGCCUGGGCAGUGGGGAAUAUGAUUGGACCUCAGGUAUUCCAAUCAAAAGAUGCCCCAAGGUACUUUACAUGUUUUUCGGUUCACAUGGGAUGCUAUGUCGGCAUAAUCAUUCUUCUCGCAAUUCUUCGGUGGCAUCUUAAACGGCAGAAUAUGAAGCGUGAUUUAUUACAAGAGAACGAUUCGAGAGCUUCCGAGGCCAACCUGGAUAAUGCUUUUGAUGAUUUGACAGACCGAGAGAAUCCUAGCUUCCGGUAUCAAUACUGA